AAAAGAAAAAGAAGGUGAACGAAAAAAGUUAAAGUACACUUCAUCAGCACCCCAUUUUCCUUGUCUUUUCCCUUCUUUCCAUCUAAGCCCUUUGGCCCCUUUUCCACGUUAUCUUUCCCCUUUGAUAAAUUCUAGCAAGUUUCUUUUUCUCCUUGCCCUUUCUCUUGCACAGAUAAAAUCUAUAAGACCAUUACCCUUUCUUGCUUGUAUAUUACUAGUCAUUGUUUACAAACACAAUCUCACCCCUUUAUUUUCAGAUGAGGAGAGCGUAGCAUAUACAUUUCUCUAUGUUUGGUUGCUGUAGCUGCUCCAGUUAUGGUUUUGUAACCUCUCUAAGUUCAAUUCUUUUGUUGUUAGUGGUAAUAUUCUAUUAUUCAUAACCUAUUUUUAUCCUAUAACAAUGACUUACCAUAGAAGGAGAAAAUAGAAACCAUGUUUAUAAAAUUUACUUAUAUGUUAGUACAUAUAAUAUACUGUUCCUAAGUCCUAACUUCUAAGAUUUUCUCUUCUCCCAUCAUGGCUUCUCUAGGCAACCCAAAAACUUGGGUUCCAUACAUGAACAACAAAGACUGUUCACAAGGAUUUUGUAGCUUGUAUUGUCCACAGUGGUGCUAUGUAAUCUACCCUCCUCCUCCUCCUCCCUUUGAAUUUCCCAGUGAUGAUUCAAGUCCAAAUUUCUCACCUCUAGUUAUUGCAGUCAUUGGAGUCUUAGCCAGUGCUUUUCUUCUAGUGAGCUACUACACCAUAAUAUCCAAGUACUGUGGCAACAGAGAAUCUUCACAAAGCGAAGAGCACGAAGAAAACGUUGAAUUGGAAGAAGAUGAUCACAACCCUUCACACCACGAGCCUUGGCAUGCUUCAACAAUUGGCUUGGAUGAGGCUUUGAUAAAGUCCAUAACAGCUUGCAAGUACAAGAAAGGUGAUGGAUUGGUUGAGGUAACAGAUUGCUCCGUUUGUCUCAGCGAGUUUCGAGAUGAUGAAAGUGUUAGGCUCUUGCCAAAAUGCAGCCACGCUUUUCAUCUUCCUUGCAUUGACACAUGGCUGAAAUCUCACUCUAGUUGCCCUCUAUGCCGUGCUAGCAUAUUCACCUUCAAUGCUGCAGCAGCACUUCAUGUUGCUGCGACGGUCACGGAACCAACUUCAAGAAACGAUACCACUUCAGGAAACAGACAUGCAGAUGAUGAAAACGUUGUUGCUGUUGCAGGGGACAGUGAAUCGGAUGCUGUUGAAGGAGAAUCAGUCACACUCUCACAUGGUGGAGCGGUUUCAAAGAGUGCAUUGCGUGUUUUGAGUGAUCUAGGAAACUUGAGAGGGAGGCAUAGUGUAAUUGAGAUUAGAGAUGAAGGGUAUGAUUCCAUUAGAAGGACGGUUUCAAUGGACCAUUCGUUUCAAAGGGGUAGUGGUCUUUCAAUUGCUGAUGUUCUGCAUGUGAAUCAAGAGCAUGAAGGGUGUUCUAAUGGGGCUGGUCCUUCAAAGAAUUCAAGAGGUGAAAGUAGCAAGUCUAGCUACAGGAGAAGGGUUUUGCAUUGUGUUUUGAGUCCAAUUGCAAUGAAAAGAUCAUUUUCUAGUGGAAGGUUCUCCCUUAGCAGAAAUGGCAGAGGAAAGCAAUGGGUUCUGCCUGUCUGAGGAAUAACUUAGUGAUCUUUUCCAUUUCCUUUUUUUUUUCUAUCCUCUUUCCUAUGAUGAUGAAGAUCUAUAGGUUGACCAAAUUUUUUAGUGAAGAUUUUAUGUUAAAUAUAAUUGAAUCUUUAUGUGCUAUAUUAAUCGGUGUGAUGUUAGCAGUAACUGAAAUCAAAACUUUUUUUCUUUUCA